AUGGAUGGAAACACUGAACAAGGACGCAAUAUUCGUGAUGAUUCUUCAAGCGUUCAUCCUAAACUGCGUGGUAAACGAAAAGCGACCGAUGAUCUCAUCGGAACGGGAGGAUCGUUGGAUUCGUCUCCCGGUUCGUCGUCUCUACUAGCCCAGCUGCAUGCAUCUUCAUCUUCAUCAUCAUCGCAACCACAACAGCAAACGUAUGGGUCAGGUCCAACGGCAACAACAUCUCAGGAAAUGACACUACAGUUCGACACUCUUGCAUUAAUGGAACAAUUGAAAAAACGCAAUCUGGGACUUGAAAUACCAACCAAUUUCACCGUGGAAUCAAUGAAUGAAACAACAGUCAAUUUGGAGGUAUGGAAAGCAAGUCGUGUGUUGGCUCGCCCACCUGAUAUUGAAGGGUAUCUGCCAGCAUGCAUUAAAGGUGUUAGAGCAAACAAAGAUGUCACCGUACAGUUUGACAAUGGUACUGAACAUGUAUUCGAAGAUGUGAUAACAUCAUUGCGUGAAUAUCCUGACAUACUCGCCGAUCAAGCACCAAGCCCUGAUUCGAUCAAUGUUGCGGACGUGGUUUGUGUGAAGUGGAAGAAUGAUGAGAACAUAUAUCGUUUAGCUGAAGUAUUGAAAAAAACGACUUGGCCCAUAAUGUUUCAGAUGCGUCUUCAUGUCGGCAUUUCAACCGAUUUUUGGUUUCAUCGUGCAAGCAUACGGUUGCUACGUCCGCCCUGGUACGAUGAGCUAAAUGCCAUGGGCAAUUACAAUAAUUCUGCCGGCAAAAGUCGUGCAACCGAAAAUGAAUCUCAAACACUACAGAAAAAGACUAGUUAUAGUGAUGCUGCAGAUUCAGAUGAUGAACCGAUGAAAGAUGAUCAGAUUGACGGUACAUCUGAUGCGAACAAUUUUUCGGGUAAAUCAACACCAAGAUCUGCGGUAGGAGCAGUUGCAACGGAGCGAAUGUCAACGCAGUUUUUUGGCCUAACACCAACUCAAACGGUUUCUGGCAGCACGACAACUUUUGAUGAAGUUCAGCAAGUGCAACAAUGUGUAGCAAGUCAAGCUGUUUCAGCAGCUUGCGUUGCUGCCGUGCAGCAGCAACAAAGAUAUAAAAAAGGUGAAAUCGUAACGACACCAGGCGGAAUUCGUAAAAAAUUUAAUGGGAAGCAAUGGAGACGGUUGUGCAGUAAAGAAGGAUGUGGAAGUUCGAUCGAUUGGUCACACGGAGAAUUCUCAGAGUUGAGUCCAGUGGAAGCUCAGGGUCGUCGGUUUGACGAAGCUGAUGUUGCUAACACUCUUUUGAAUCUUCAUAAUACGCACGGUUUCUUACCAUCCGUGAGUGUGGAACAACCGUUUUCGUCAUCAGCACCGGCACGGUUUCAUCAUAUUGUUCCACCAAAUCCUCUAGCUCCAAAGCUGAUUUCCGGUAGUGCACCACCUUUAUCACACUCGCGUACUAUAGAUGAUGCUCUCAGUGAAGUGAUCAAGAUAGAUAAGUCCAUCACUAACCAUGGUAUUUAUCACCCGAAUUUAAAGACUGUUACGGAUCGACUGCUUGAGCGAGCAUAUCCACAACCAUGUGAUCUGCUGCCUCUUAUGCCUCUUCCAAGGAAAAAGAAUUCUUCAUUGGAAUUGAAUAUUUGUGCGAAUGCAAGCAACUCAUUAUUGAUGCAACUUGCUCCUCGUUUCGACCCGUUCUCUUCAUUCAAUAUGUUAUCAGAGGUGUCAAAUAAUGCAGGCACUUCAAAAUCGGAUGAAUCAGUAUCUCCGAUGGGGGAUUUUUCAAUAAGCAAAAAGUUUUCCGAAAGUGACGAUAUAUUGGAUGAUACAAGCACUGCUGGCACGGAUACGGAAAUAGAUGAUGCAAGCGAAAAAACACAAUCUUGUAAAGGCGAUGGCUGCAAUGAUGAAAAUAUAACAGACAAUGACGAUUUUGAAGAAGACUUCAGUAGUAGUGUUCAUGAACAACUUUUUCCUGGAAGCGAAAGAAGCGGAAGUGUGACUGGAACAUUCCCUGGUGAAAGCAUUGCCGGACAUGAUGUCAUGGAUGACUAUUCGGAAGGCGAAACUGAUCAAGAAGGUGAGAGAUACUCAUCAUCGAUUCCGUGGCAUCAUUUGGUACCACAUUUACAGAAACGGAUGUUCGAAAAUUCAUUGAAAGAAUUUACGUCAACACCUGAUGAUUCAGCGCAAAAUUCGGAUCAAAAAGAAUUCGGCGAUGACCAACAAACUAGUGGAGGCGGGAAGAUGUCCGAUGGAGAUCAGGGCGGUACGGACCAGCAGUUUGAAGCUGAAGGUGACAGAUGUGAUAAUGCUACCGAUUGCACUGAUAAAGUGCAAAAUAGUAGAGUGAUCGACGACGGUGAAAACGGAAAAGAAGGCAUUGAGAAUAGUACAUUGGAAAGUGGAACUGUUCAGCAGGAACACUUUUUACGGAAACAGCAACAUGGUCUUAGCCAGUGCUACAACAAAAGUUACGGAUUUGAAAAAAGAGGUGGAAGUACAGAUGCUCAGAUUACAACACACUGUGGAUCGGAGACUUCGAAAAGCAUUUUGCUUGAUCACUUUAACUUCGAAUUCGAAGAUGAAGAAACAUUUGAAUUGGACAUAGUUGAUGAAUCAAUGUCAGCAUCAUCAAAAAAGCGUAAACUGCAGACUAUACUCAAUCCAGACAUUGGAGACAAAAAAGUUGUUCGACAACAUAUACGACGACCAAUGAACGCUUUUAUGAUUUUCUCAAAACGACAUCGACCGUUAGUACAUGAAAGGUAUCCGAAUCGAGACAAUCGAACAGUUUCGAAAAUUCUUGGCGAGUGGUGGUACGCACUGGGCCCCGAGGAAAAGCAGAAAUAUCAUGAUCUUGCCACUCAAGUGAAGGAAGCACAUUUUCGUGCUCAUCCAGAUUGGAAAUGGUGCAGUCGUGAAAGAAAGAAAACAACGAAUGGUAUUCGCUUGGAAACAGAAAUACAUAAUGCAAUGAGUGAUCUCGAUAUUUCGGAUCAAAUGGCGUCAGAAUGUAUCGAUGAGAAGUCUCUUCCUCUGUUCAGUCCAACCACACAUACAAUUCAUCAUCCGAUAUCACUGAGACCAGAAAUAGAUAUGGUUCCAGGAUCACCAUUGGUUAAUCCUGGUUGCAUUCCGCUAUCACUUAUGUCUUCUUGCAGUGAUCAACAAAGUGAUAGACAUUAUAUGGAUGUACUACGACCAAUCAUGGAUCUGAAAGCUGAUAAUGGUAGCAGCAUGCUGGCUACCGAUACAGAUCGUGUCAUGAGCAGCAGUAGUAUAAUAGAACCGCUUAUUUCAUCAUUCCAUCCCUCACCAUUUUUAUGGAAUACUGUGCUGAAUUUUCCAUCACCUUCGACCCUUCCCACUGAACAACAACAACAACGACAUCAACAGCAAAAACAACAACAGCAGCAGCACUAUCAUUAUACGUAUGGCACGUUCAAUACUGUGCACGCCUUUUGUAGCAAAGCUCACACAGCUUUUAAUUCGCUGAUGGGUUUUUCGACGGCUGAUCGGCUGCAUUUAAAUGAAAAUACUGCAGUGGAACCAACAGCGUCAUUGUUUCCACUUCCGGUAUCGAUAUCAUCUGAAAACGGUUUUUUAAUUCCACUGAUUUUGUCUCAUGAAUCAGGCAUGCAAAAUGGAUCUGUUUUGAUUUCAUACAAUGAGGAACCUGAUCGUAUUGCCAGCUUGAAAACAGACAAUAGCUUCAGAAAUCAGAUCGAGUCGGGAAAAUUCACUUUUCCCAAGAAAGCUGAACAGCAGAUACCAUUUGCACCUCAGGUUGUCCCUCAUCUUCGUGAUGAUGUUAUCGAUAGCGGUCAGCACAAUAUUAACGUGAUGAGUUCAAGAAGUUCAGCUUUCCAGGUUACGGUUAUGAAAUCUACAAAGGUAGAACAAAAAGCGAUGGAUGGUAAUCAUUUAAAAAGUUUUUCUGUGGAAUUCACGCAACCAUCAGAGAUCUCUUCCUCCCUUCCACGUGACUCAUUGACUAUUGUUCCCUGUACAAAAGAUAAUCUGGAUACUUUUGUGCUGAUGCCAACUCCAGCUCAAAGAGGCAUAGCAAAAGGACAAUUGCGAAGUAUGAAAGUUGAAUCUGGAGAAGCAAGUGAAGUGGAAAAGCCGUAUGAGACAGUUCAGAAAUCAGGGCUUGAGAAAGAUUAUAAGGAAUUGAACGAAGCAGUAGACGUUGUUGAUGUUUCUACAGUAUCAAACAGAUUAUCGAGUAAUAGUGAAAUAGAAUUAAGAAGUCCGACUAAGAAACUUUUUAAGCGGAACGAUGAGAGCAUGGACAGGUUAGUCCGAUGA